AUGGCGUCCAGAAUUGCCGUUAACUCUCUGAGGGCAUCAGCAUCGAGGGUGCGACCUCAAACGGUCGCCUCUAUUCCUCGAGCCCUCGCAGCUCGAGGCAUGGCGAGCUCCUCCAACCCACCACCCGCCGAGCGCGCGUCGGAGCUGAUCAACAAGGUUCCUUCCUCCCCUGGUCUCAUCACCAAAACCGGCACAGUUAUCCUCAGUACCGGCCUUCUGGCAACCGCCAUAUCGCAGGAGCUCUAUGUCGUGAAUGAGGAAUCCGUCAUCGCGGCUGGCUUUUUCAUCCUCCUUACGUUCAUUGCCAAGAGCAUACGAGAGCCUUAUCGUGACUGGGCCGAGGGCCACAUUCAGCGUAUCAAGGGCAUCCUCGACAAGUCGCGUUCGGAGCACACGCAGGUUGUGAAGGACCGCAUUGCGUCUGUUGAGCAGAUGAAGGAUGUUGUCUCUGUUACUGAGGGUCUUUUCGCUCUAUCCAAGGAAACAGCGCAGCUUGAAUCGGAGGCUUUCGUGCAACGUCAGAAGGUCUUCCUUGCGUCGGAGGUGAAGUCGGUUCUGGAUAGCUGGGUGCGUUUUGAGCAGCAACAGAAGGAGAGCGAGCAAGCCGAGCUUGCAAAGACUGUCAUCGCGAACGUGUUGAAAAACAUCAAUGAUGACAAGACGCAGAAGGAAAUCUUGACUAGUGCCGUAGCGGAAGUUGAGCAGCUUGUCAAGAGCAAGGCUAUCUAG